ACUUUGGUGGUCACCCGUUACCCACCAUUCAUACAUGUAGUAAGUGUUCUCUGUUACCACCUACCAGCCAGGCAUACUAGUACAUCCCAUACACAAUGCACCAUUAAGUAUUGUUGAUCAAUAAUAAAAUUGCAGUUGCCAAUGGAGAUAUUACUUUCUCAACUAUUUUCCAAUCUCACACAUCAUAAUAGUUUACAUUUAGUAACUUACAUCAAACAGGUGUCUCACAAAACUAAAUUUGGAUAAGUCCAAUGUGCAGAACCUUUCACAGCAGGUGUCUGCUUACCUUUUUUAGUUGACCGGUCAGGAUUUGUGAGACACACCGUCCGACGACAGUACUGGCCAAUCGGCCGGACAAUUUCCAGCGUCGUCCUUCUACCAGAUCACGUCGGUGGUCACCAUCUGUUAGAGUUCUUAAAACGGCAUUGUGGGCUUGUAAGUAAGCAUUAUUUCACUGUAAGGUCUACCUGUUGUAUUCGACCGAUGUACCUACCAUUUGAUUUGAAAUCAGUGGGAUUUUGCAACCAAUUGAUCUAUAAUCCCCAAAACACACACAUCCCUGGAUCGGUCCUCUUUUCAAUUCGCUGCAGCUACUGACUGGAACGAGCUGCAACAACCACUCAAACUGGACAGUUUUAUUUCCAUUCAGUCAUGUCUCUUCAUUCAAAGACUCAAUCAUGGACACUGACAGUUGUGGCUGCUUUGCGUGAUGUAUUGUUGUCUACCUUUUUGCUGUUGUCUGUGCCUAAUAAGGUUUGUACCAUGUUUUGUGCUGCUACCAUGUCUUCGGUCUCUGUAGUGCUGUGGUGUGUUUUGUCCAAUAUUUUUAUCUCAGCCCCCGUCCCUGCAGGAGGCCUUAUGGUAGGCCGUCAUUGUAAAUAAGAAUUUGUUCUUAACUGACUCGCCUAGUUAAAUAAAGGUAAUAAAUGAGACCUAGAGACAGCCUCCAAGAUGGCCGACCGUUGGUAUCAACAUACUUUACUCACCGUCGCAUACGCCGAUUCGUGGGGUCUGACAUCUUUGCUAGUUACGGUUUCAGAAGUCCAUUAUAAUUAUUUUAUUGCAUUACACGAACCAGUGGUGAAAAAAAGACUUAAGCGUCAUACUGGAGUAAAAGUAAAGAUGCCUUAAUAGAAAAUGUCUCAAGUAAAAGUAACCCAGUAAAAUACUACUUGAGAAAAAGUCUAAAAGUAUUUGUUUUCAAAUAUACUUGAGUAUCAAUAGUAAAAGCAUCAAAGUAUAAAUCUUUUUUUAAAUGAUUAUAUGAAGCAAACCAGAUAGCCUAAUUUUAUUUUUUAUUUAUGGAUAGGCAGGGGCACCCUCCAACACUAAGAUAUCAUUUACAAAUGAAGCAUGUGCUUAGUGAGUCCGUCAGAUCAGAGGCAGUAGGGAUAACCAGGGAUGUUCUCCCAUAGGGCGGCGCACAAUUGGCCCAGCGUCGUCCGGGUUAGGGGAUGGUUUGGCCGGGAUAGGCCUUCAUUGUAAAAUAAGAAUUUUUUCUUAACUUACCUCGUUAAAAAAAACAAGGUUGUGUGAAUUAAACCAUUUUCAUGUCCCGCUAAGCAUUCAAAAUGUAACAAGUACUUUUGGGUAUCAGUCAAAAUGUAUGGAGUAAAAAGUACAUUGUUUUCUUUAGGAAUGUAGUGAAGUAAAAGUAGUUCCAAAUGUAAAGUACAGAUACCCCCAAAAAAGACUCAUGUAUUUUUUACUUAAGUACUCGUUUUCACCUUUAUUUGAACAGGUAGGCUAGUUGAGAACAAGUUCUCCCUUUACACCACUGACAUGAACAUUGUACAAAAUAAUAUACAGAUAUCACACAUAGGAACCCAUUACUACAUGCACACUAGCACUGGAGCCCAGCAUGAACCGUGAGCUAGAGCUGGGUUCUGGAUCUUGAUUAGGGAGGGGAAAUAUGCAGGCAAGAAGAAGCCCAAUUUGUAAGUCGCUCUGGAUAAGAGCGUCUGCUAAAUGACUUAAAUGUAAAUGUAAGAAGCACAAUGGAGGACCAAACCUGCCAUCAUUAGAAUUAAAUACAUUCACACAAAUGUAUACAUAAAUAUAUAAAUCCACACAUAAUCAAGGAAAUAAAAAACUGACAAAUGUAAUUAAUUUUCUCUACAUAUCUGUAUGUAUUUAAUUAUUUAUCUAUGUUUUAUAAUUAUUCAAACUUUAAUUCAUUUUAUUAAAUAUUUAUUUCUGUACUUCUUCCACCAAUAUGAUAAUGAGGGUUGUCAGUCAAACGUCUGUAGGCGGUAUCUAACAAACUAUUGGUUGAUCAAUUUCACGUGUUUCUCCACUGCUUUUUCCUGCUUUUGCACCACCUAUGUGAAGCUAGCCACAAUAACGAUUUGCCAGAAUAUUCGAAUUUACGGUUUGCCUUCAAAAUAAAAGUCCCACAUUGAAACUGUCAGACAGACACAAAUACUGGAAUCAUCCCAUAUUUUAACUGGAUACUGCUUAACAAGUUUGGAAUGUUAUAUCAAUUCAACAAAAGACAAUUUGCCCCCCCAAAAUUGUUUAAUCGCACUGUGGAUUUAUUAGACUUCACAAUUGCAAAAUGUGUGGGCUCAAAACAGGUGGGGCUAUUAAAUGAAUCAUUGUUAAUUAACAGCAAGCUGGAGAGGUCACAGUCAAACUUAGAUGCAUAACGUGAGCUCUGUUGGGGCUGUCCCGUUAGAUCUCUUAUAUACUACUUACACAGACAAGUUACAUAGGCAUUUUUCAUAGGAUUGGUUCCUGAAAAGAAAAGAAAAUAAAAAACAUUCCUGCAAAAAAAAAAGGAUUGGUUCCUUCAUGUGUCUGGCACAUCUCCUAUCUUGAUUUAUAUAACAUAUUCUGGGCGUUCUGCCAGAUGGUCCUAAGGAGGGGAUCAUGACGCCCCCCCCCCUUCAUAUCUUUACCAAGCACAGGCAGGAAACAAGGAUUUUUUAUGACACGAAAGACAAGAUUAACAUUUAAGGCUGUCUCUUCACAUGAUACAUUUUCUCUCCCAAAAUGUUAUUAACUGUGAAGAGUUUACACAAAUAUUAGCGUCGUAGCUCUUUUUGAAGGACUUAAACUGUGGGAAAUCACCUCACUAUUCAACAUAUUGCACAUUCUUAUUGCAAUGUACAGCUUUACCUGCGGAUCUUGGGUACAUGAAAUGGGGUGUCAAUCCAUAGCACAACUGUGAAGAGUUUACACAAAUAUUAGCGUAGUGGUUUAAAAAUCACAUGAUCAAACGAAGCUUCAGACGUCAUUAAGCACGUAAUAAUGUUACUUUGAAACGAGCAUCAGUACAUUUGGUGCUUUCAAAACAACUGGGAACUCGGAAAAAACGAGGUCAAAUCAUGACGUCAGUGAUUUUCAUGUCGGAAGUUGGAGCCAAAUUGUGGUCGCGGUGCCAAGAAAGUUAGGUAACACCUGGUUUAGUGGGAGGGGAUAUAACUCAAGAAUGUUGGUAUCAUCCAAGUAGUAUGCUAUUGUGUGUGUGUGUGGACUGCAGAUACACUGCAGCCCUUCUAUGCUACAGCAGACCCUUGGGAAAUAUCCACAGACUAUAUUUCACCUUGCUGUAGCACUGCCAUAAAACCCCUGACACUUGGGGUUACAAUCAAGGCAAGGCAUUCUGCUUAUGUAUAAUUUAAAUGCUUCCAACUCUGAGUAACUGUUUCAAUCAGAGUCCAUGUAUCAGAAGCCCAUUAGAUGUAACUGUCUGACAUGACUGGAUAAAUUAACCAGGAUAAAUGAUCUAACCAUGCAGACAUGUCUCCUGUCAAGUUUAGCCCAAGUGAUCUUCGUUAUUUUUCAAUGACAUUGUCUGUGAGAUCAAUUGUACCCUUGAUUCUCAAUCCCAGUUAUUUACAGUUUUGCUAUAUUUCAUGUCAGCAGUUGUUAUGAAUCGUAAUGAAUGGCUUUGAAAAUGUAGGCUAGUAUUAUGGAGCUGGUUAGAUGGAGUGUUGGUGCGAAUAGAGCCUCUCUUAAACCGGGAAGGAGAUAGUCGGUAGCUGUGGUUUGAAUUAGACGUGACCUCUAGCAGUGGGAUUCAAUAAAUGUAUGAUUGACUCUCUGUCACACACACACGUCCUUCAUCCAUCAUAGGCUGGAAUGGGCUGAUUCAGUAGGAAUGGCCUGCUGAGUGUGUGGGACCUCAGUUUAGACAUCCGCCUCCCUUUUACAUUGUACACAACAAGUCUGACACGUAUUUAGGAGGAUAGGCUAUAGGUCUCUAGGUUGUUUUCUCUUUGAAAUACCCAGGUUUUCUACCAUUUUCAUGAUGUUCGGACUCGGAAUGCAGGCCCAGGCUAUAUUUGAUGGUAAGCAUUCAUAAUUAUAAAUAAUUGAUCUAGGCUACAGCUCAAACACUGUGAAAACCGAGAAGUUGUUUCCAUGAGUACCUUGGUUGUUUCCACAUUCCACCUCUUAACAGCCAGUGUUGUUUCUUUUACCUCAGGUAUCGAGGAGCUGUGUUCUAAGAGGGAUGAGCUGAACCGUCAGAUCCAGCAGGAGGAGGUGGAGAAGGGUCGUCUGCAGCACGACAUCCGUGUCCUCACCGAGAAACUACGCCGUGUCAACGAGAGCCUGGUCCGACGACACUCCGUCCGCGCUGACUUUGACCACACCAUCGGCGAGACCGAGGGUGCCUUUAUGAAGAUUCUGGAGAGCUGUCAAACACUGCUGAGUGUAAUAAAGAAGGAAGCAGGAAAUCUCGGCAAAGCCACUGAACCCGGAAGGAAAGACCACUGACAUCCAGACUACCGCCCCUAAACCUUACCUCUCACCCAGACACCAGCAUUUCCCCUCACCCUUGUAACUGUGCACUGUUUGUACACUGAACAAAAAUAUAAAUGCAACAUGCGACCAUUUCAAAGAUUUUACUGAGUUACAGUUCAUAUAAGGAAAUCAGUCAAUUUACAUAAAUUCAUUAGGCCCUAAUCUAUGGACUGGGAAUACAGAUAUGCAUCUGUUGGUCACAGAUAACUUUUUUUUUUAAAGGUAGGGGCGUGGAUCAGAAAACCAGUCAGUAUCUGGUGUGACCACCAUUUGCUUCAUGCAGUGUGACACAUCUCCUUCGCAUAGAGUUGACCAGGCUGUUGAUUGUGGCCUGUGGAAUGUUGUCACACUCCUCUUCAAUGGCUGUGCGAAGUUGCGGGAACUGCGAUAUUGGCGGGAACUGGAACACAAUGUCGUACACGUCGAUCCAGAGCAUCCCAAACAAGCUCAAUGGGUGACAUGUCUGGUAGCUAUGCAGGCCAUAGAAGAAGUGGGAUAUUUUCAGCUUCCAGGAAUUGUGUACAGAUCCUUGUGACAUUAUCAUGUUGAAACAUGAGGGGAUGGCGGUGGAUGAGUAGCACGACAAUGGGCCUCAGGAUCUCGCCACGGUUUCUCUGUGCAUUCAAAUUGCCAACAAUGAAAUGCAAUUGUGUUUGUUGUCCGUAGCUUAUACCUGCCCAUACCAUAACCCCACCGCCACCAUGGGGCACUCUGUUCACAACGUUGACAUCAGCAAACCGCUCGCACACACACAACGCCAUACACACUGUCUGCCAUCUGCCCGGUACAGUUGAAACCGGGAUUCCUCCGUGAAGAGUACCCUUCUCCAGCGUGCCAGUUGCCAUCGAAGGUGAGCAUUUGCCCACUGAAGUCGUUUACGAUGCCGAACUCCAAGACCCUGGUGAGGCUGACUAGCACACAGAUGAGCUUCUCUGCGCGGGUUUCUGACAGUUUGUGCAGAAAUUAUAUGGCAACAGCUCUGGCUGGCAUUCCUGCAAGCAGCAUGCCAAUUGCUUCCUUAAAACCUGAGACAUUUGUGGCGUUGUUUAACAAAACUGCAUAUUUUGGAGGGCCCUUUUAUUGUCCCCAGCACAAGUUGCACCUUUGCAAUGCUGUUUAAUCAUCUUCUUGAUAUGCCACACCUGUCAGGUGGAUGGAUUAGUAAACAAAUUUGUGCACAACAUUUGAGAGAAAUAAGCUUUUUGUGCAUAUGGAACAUAUCUGGGAUCUUUUAUUUCAACUCAUGAAACAUGGGACCGACAUUUUACAUGUUGCGUUUAUAUUUUUGUUCAGUAUAAUAUACACUGAGUAUACAAAACAUUAAGAACACCUGCUCUUUCCAUGACAUAAGCUGACCAGGUGAAUCCAGUUGAAAGCUAUGAUCCCUUAUUAAGGGUACUUGUUAAAUCCACUACAAUCACUGUAGAUGAGGCGGAAGAGACAGGUUAAAGAAGGAUCUUUAAGCCUUGAGACAUUUAUGACACGGGUUGUGUAUGUGUGCCAUUCAGAGGAUGAAUUUGCAACACAAAAGAUUUAAGUGCCUUUGAACGGGGUAUGGUAGUAGGUGCCAGGCUCACUGGUUUGGUCAAGAACUGCAACACUGCUGAGUUUAUCACACUCAACAGUUUCCCGUGUGUAUCAAGACUGGUCCCACCCCCCCAAAGGACAUCCAGCCAACUUCACAUAACUGUGGGAAGCACUUGAGUCAACAUUGACCAGCAUCUCUGUGGAACGCUUGACACCUUGUAGAGUCCAUGCCCCGCCGAAAUGAGGCUGUUCUGGGGGAAAAAAUGGGGGAAGUUCAACUCAAUAUCAGGAAGGUGUUCCUAAUAUUUGUAUAUACAGUAUAUUUAUGUAAAAUGUUUUGACUUUGUCUAAUUGUCUACUGCUGUUCACUGGCAUACUUAUUUUAUACCAAUUGAAUCAUUUUAAUAAAGAUGAUCUGUGAAGAAUCCGUUCUCAUUUGCCUAUUGCAGUUUAUGGGACACGCCCAGAAGUCAUUCCUUGGGUUGUUUUUCUUGAGUGCUAGUGUCUUUCAACAGCGGCACACAAGAUAAACACACACACACACACACUCCCGGUGAGAUGCUGUCUGACACUUUGAUAUGUAAUUACAGGUAAAUAUAGCACAAUGCCGGUUUAGGUGGAAGCACGCUGCUCUAUUCUUUCUACUA